AUGGAGCUCCACUCCCUUACUAAGAACAGCAGCCAGACAGACGUGUGUGAUGCUGGGGACUGGAGUUUAAGAGGGCCUCCUGGGGACCAGGCAGAUGCAACUGCCACUAGAGCUGCCCUCUGCUGCCAGAGACACUGUGCAUCAACAGCAAGGGCAACAGAGAUGGAAGCGUCUAAACUUAGCCUUUCUCCAGCAUCCCCCUCCUCUCUGCAGGACAGUGUUGUUCAGCCAGACUCCUUCGCACCAGGACCUGUCAAUUCUGGGAACGGCCUAAUAACAGCUGAAUGGAAAGUCUGCAACUGCUGCAGCCAAGAAUUAGAAACUUCUUUUACUUAUGUAGACGAGAAUGUCAACUUAGAGCAGUGGAACCAGAGCUCCCCGUCGACAAAAGGGAGUAAUCACCCGGCAACUCUUGGCUGGGGAAAUCCAAAUGAGUGGCCCCAUGAGGCUACCAUGUCCUUGAUAUCAGAAGAUGAAGAUGAUACAAGUUCUGAAGCCACUUCUUCAGGGAAGUCAGUAGACUAUGGUUUCAUCAGUGCCAUCUUAUUCUUGGUCACUGGGAUCUUGCUGGUAAUCAUUUCUUACAUUGUCCCACGAGAUGUGACUGUGGAUCCCAACACUGUGGCCGCCCGGGAGAUGGAACGCCUAGAGAAGGAGAGUGCAAGGCUGGGUGCUCACCUGGACCGCUGUGUGAUUGCUGGACUCUGCCUCCUCACACUGGGGGGUGUUGUUCUGUCUUGUUUGCUAAUGAUGUCUAUGUGGAAGGGGGAGCUGUAUCGUCGAAACCAAUUUGCCUCUUCCAAAGAGUCUGCAAAACUGUAUGGUUCUUUCAACUUCAGGAUGAAGACCAGCACUAAUGAAAACACACUGGAACUAUCCUUGGUAGAGGAAGAUGCUCUUACUAUACAGAGUUAA